UAUUACUUUAGGUGUACGAAUAAAUUUAAUUCAAGGAGUACACUGAUUUUUUUCGUCUUAUAAAAUAGAAAAAAAUAUCAACGAAAUAGUCGAUGAAUCGGCUUGUGCAAAUUGACACUCUGCUGUAUUGCGAUGCCAAUUACUUAGAACUCUAAUUUUUGUAGAACACAGUUUCAAUGACUAACAUUAUUUAUCAGAAUUAUAAUCAAAUUUUUAACUAUGACGAAGAUGAAGCAACCAAUGAAUCUUUGAAAAUAAUACCGAUCGUUCCGAUCGAAGAAAAGUUUGAUAAAAUCUAGUAUUUUUAAAAAUAGCUUUUUUUUCGUCCCUCUUUAAUUCACGUUUAUUUAUUUUUUUCUUUUUCAUUCCAAUGAAAAUGAACGGCAUAGAACAUGAGAAGUGGCAGCUAGCGAUCGAAAGACGCUUGCAAAGAGAAGGAGAAUUAUCGAAGAUUUCAUUAUCGUUAGCGAUUUGCAUUUAAACUGCAGAAUUUGGAGUUGGAAUACGAUUUAUCAUGACUUGACGCAUUAUCGUGGCAUUGAAAGUCUGUCAAUAAAACAAUUAUUCGUUAUAUGAAUAUUAUCAAUAGAAUUAACGCAACACAAUUGAAAAUGGCCUUAAAAGGCAUUAAAAUUUUAGAGUUAGCAGGUUUGGCUCCAGCUCCAUUUUGCGGAAUGCUUCUUGCGGAUUUUGGAGCUUCUGUAAUAAGAAUCGAUAAAAUAGGAGCCCCACACUUGGAUUCUUUAGGAAAUGGAAAAAGAUCAAUUGCCUUGAAUCUCAAGACAAAAAAAGGUAUUGAUAUUUUCAAAAGACUCUGUAAAAGCUGUGAUGUUAUUAUUGAUCCUUACAGAAAAGGUGUCAUGGAAAAACUAAAUCUAGGACCAGCAGACCUCAUGAGUCAGAAUAAAAAAUUAAUUUAUGCAAGAUUAACUGGAUUUGGUCAAGAUGGUCCUUACGCUGAAAUGGCUGGUCAUGACAUAAAUUAUGUUGGAUUAUCAGGGUUACUAUCUAUAUUUGGUCGUCAACAUGAAAAACCUACACCACCUGUAAACUUGGCAGCUGACUUUGGUGGUGGUGGUUUAAUGUGUGCUUUUGGAAUUGUUAUGGCUUUACAUGAGCGAAACCAGAGUAAGAAAGGGCAAAUAAUAGAUACUUCAAUGGUAGAGGGUACUGCUUAUUUAGGAAGUUGGUUUUAUAGAUCAAUAAGUAUUCCUGGAUUGUGGGGACAGCCUAGAGGAAAAAAUGUACUUGACACAGGAACUCAUUUUUAUGAUACAUAUGAAACUAAAGAUGGUUUAUUUAUGGCUGUAGGAGCUUUAGAGCCUCAGUUUUAUGCAGAAUUGUUGAGUAAACUUGACUUGACUGAAGAUGAACUACCACAAUAUGAUGAUUAUGAAGAAAAUCGCAGGAAAUUAACAAAUAUAUUCAAAAGCAAAACUCAAGCACAAUGGUGUGAAAUAUUUGAUGGUACUGAUGCAUGUGUUACACCCGUUCUUACGUUCGAAAAUGUUGCAUCCCAUGUACAUAAUGUAUCACAGAACAGUUUUUCUAUGGGCAAAGAUAAUAUAAUUGUACCAAAUCCAUCACCAAGAUUAUCUCGUACUCCAGGAGAAUCUUGUGCCACAAAAAAUGGAAAUAUCAGACCUGGUGAUCACACUUUGAAUGUAUUAAGAGAAUACAAAUAUUCUCCUAGUGAAAUUGAAGAUUUUAUCAAGAAUGGUAUAGUUGAACAAUCUGAACCAGCAUCAAAAUUAUAAAUUCAAAUUUGUAUAAAUUGCUAUCUUUUUAUGUCGAAGUUGACAUUGAUAUAAUUUUGAUAUAUGGUUGAUUAGUAAUUAAUGGUUUUUUGAAUAAUUUUAAUCAAAGUUUUUAUGUUUGAAAACAA